AUGAUGCAAGAGAGAAGUACCUCGCGUUACAGCUCUAAAUACGGGCUAAAUCCAUACUCAUAUGAUGUUAAGCGAGCUGUAUACAAUGAGGAAAAGUUCCAGCAGGAACACAGAGGGAGGCUCAGUUCCACUGGGAAUGUGGACAUUGACAUCACUACUGUCAGACACCACGUCCAGUGCAGUUGCUCGUGGCACAGAUUCCAAAAAUGCAUACUUACGUUCUUUCCCAGCCUAGAGUGGGUGUGUUUUUACCAAUUCAAGGAGUGGUUUCUUGGAGACAUAAUUGCUGGCAUAAAUGUUGGCAUUGUGCAAAUUCCCCAAGGCCUGACACUCUGUUUACUGACAAGGCAACUGAUUCCUCCUCUCAAUGUCUCGUACGCAACUUUCUGCUCUUCGGUGAUUUAUGUGAUCUUUGGGUCUUGUCAUCAUAUGUCCAUUGGUUACUUCUUCCUUGUAAGUGCUCUCAUGGUCAAUGUCCUGAAGAUGUACCCUUUCAACAACGGCCACCUCCUAUUGGGGACUUUCCUUGGUGAGGACUUCUCUAGGCCCCACACUUUAGUAGCCUAUAACAGGUCCUUGAGUGCAGUGGCCUCUCGAACUCUUCUGACUGGAGUUAUUCAGCUAGCAAUGGCCAUGUUAGGCUUUGGCUUCAUCGCGACCUACCUUCCGGAGGCAGUCAUCAGUGCAUACCUGGCUGCCGCGGCACUGCACGUUAUCCUGAGUCAACUAACUUGCGUAUUGGGAGUGAUGAUUAGUUUCCACGCUGGUCCCAUCGCCUUCUUCUAUAACACAAUUAACUACUGCAUAGCUCUCCCCAGAGCUAAUUCUACCAGCAUUCUGCUCUUUCUAACUACUGUGGUCAUUCUGAGAGUGAACAAGUGUGUCCGGAUUUCCUUCAAUCAUUACCCCAUGGAAUUUCCCAUGGAAAUUUUCCUGAUUAUUUUCUUUGCUGCAAUUUCAAACAAGAUAAACGUGACCACAGAAUCCAGCACACCAUUCGUUGAAAUGAUUCCUUAUAGCUUCCUGUUUCCUAUAACACCAGAGACGAAAUUUUUUUCUGAAAUUGUUAUAGAAGCCUUCUCCUUAGCUUUAGUGAGCUCUGCUCUGCUCAUAUUUAUGGGCAAGAAGUUUGCCAGUUUUCAUGGCUAUGAAGUCAAUUCCAACCAGGAUUUAGUAGCCAUUGGGCUUUGCAAUGUCGUCAGUUCAUUUUUCAGAUCUUGGGUAUGUACGGGUGCCAUUAUUGGGACUGUUAUUCAGGACAAAACUGGAGGAAGACAGCAGUUUGCAUCUCUGGUUGGUGCAUGUGUGAUGCUGCUGCUGAUGGUGAAGUUGGGAACCUUCUUCUAUGGCCUGCCAAAUGCUGUACUGGCUGGAAUUUUUCUGAGCAACCUUGUCUCCUACUUCCAAACCUUUGUUAAUCUACCCACUCUGUGGAGGCAGAGCCCACAUGAAUUUGUUAUUUGGAUAGUGACAUUCUUAACCGCACUUAUCCUGGGAUUGGACCUGGGUCUGCUUGUGUCCACCUUUUUUGCCUUCUUCAUCAUUACCGUUCGGUCACACAGAUCUAAGAUUUUCAUCCUAGGUCAGAUCCCUAACACCAACAUUUACAGAAGCCUCAAUGACUAUGGGGAGAUUGUGAGCCUUCCCGGGGUUGAAAUCAUCCAGUGCUGCAGCUCCAUCACCUUCCGGAACAUCUACUACCUGAAGGGCUUGCUCCUACAGGAGACUGAUUUGGUAAGCAUCCCUCUCAAAGAAGAAGAAAUCUACCGGCUGUUCAAGGAAGGAGGAAGCUCUGCCAUCUCCCAGAAUGAGAAGCCUUGUCGGUGUGCCUGUGUCUGCGAUGACCAAGAGCCGCCCCCCAGGGUUCUUUACACGGAGGUCUAUAUGAACAGACUGGAUCACGACACGUCCGCCCUCAACCUGGUCCACUGCUCACAUUUAGACAGUUCAGAAGUCAUCCCCCAGUACUCCGACCAGCAGAUACAGUGCACGCUGUCUAACUCAAGCCACCGACUCGAGGAGUCGAGUAAAAGCUGGGCUUCUAAUCAGGCUGCAAGCUUAACCAUCCCUGAGUUGACAGAGAGCCAGUCCCGGAGCAGAUCCUUCCUCCUCCAUUCAGAAAUGUCAGUUCAGCCCAGCAUCCACACCAUCAUCCUGGACUUCACCAUGGUACAUUUUGUGGACGCACAGGCUUUAGUCAUAUUAAGACAGAUGUGCAAUGCUUUCCGAAAUGCCAAUGUCUUGGUGCUCAUUGCAGGGUGCCACUCUUCUGUGGUCAGGAAAUUUGAGAGCAACGAUUUCUUUGAUGAGGGUAUCACCAAGACCCAGCUGUUCCUCACUGUCCACGAUGCUGUGCUGUACGCCUUGUCCAGGAAGCCGCCAGACUCCUCCGAGUUAAGCGUGGAUGAAAACGAGACAGUGAUACAGGAAACCUUCUCAGAAACAGAUAAGAUGGACGACUCAAGAUACAUAGGGGACGAAGACAAUCCCCCUAACCCACGUAGUAGACGGUCUGACUCCAUGGGCCUGGGGUCUGUCGGAGAGGAAGAUUCAGAGCUUGAUGCGGCCCUGAAGCACUUAAUGGAUUCAGAACAUGACAAUGAGCUCGAGAGAGUGCCUGAGUCCGAGUUGGAGCCUGAGUCCGAGCUGGAAACCGAGUCUGUGCCCACAUCACAGCCUGAACCCAGACGUAGGUCAAGGAUUUACACUUACCCCGUGGUGGAUGUCUGGCCUCCACGCCCAUCCUCCUAUCCCAGCCCCCCAACUCAGACUUAUCCUUCGACAUGGACGGCAUACCCAAGGAACAGAUUAGCGUCUUCACAAUCACCCGAGUCUACGAAUAUUAAAUAUCCCUUCAAAAAGAGCUAUAAAUAG